AUGACGAUCAAAUUUCUCUCAUCUCUCGCCAAAGGCCAGCCUGGUAUUCUCCAUCAUUGUACUCCGGAUUUGGUUGCCUUCGAGUAUACACGCGGGGCAACCCGCAAACCGCACACCCUCCUCUUCAUUGGCGGACUCGGGGACGGGCUAGGCUCAGUCGAAUACAUCAGCGAUCUAGUACAGGCGCUUGAUUUGACAGAAUGGACCGUGUUCGCGAUAGUGCUCUCAUCAUACUACGGGGGCUGGGGCAUGGGCCGACUAGGCAAGGACAUCGACGAGAUCGCGCAGUGCGUGCAGUACAUCCGCGACUACAAGACACCACAAUUUGGGAAGGGAAAAUUGGUGGUGAUGGGCCACUCGACGGGAAGCCAGGACGUGAUGCAAUACAUUUCCAGCACGAACCCGCGUCCGAGACAUCCGGUGUUCGAUCGGGACUGGAUCCCGAUCAUACGACCGGAUAUUGACGGUGCGAUCAUGCAGGCUCCCGUAUCGGAUCGUGAGGCGAUUCUUUGGGUGCUACAUUGCGGCACGGAGCGUGAUAGCCCCGAGACAAUGCGCAAGAUCUACGACAAGGCGGUUGAGGACGCCCGCAAUGCUACCUACGAAGACCAAGACUCGGUCGACACUAUUGUACCAGUGUCGGUGACCGCACGAAUAGGCUAUCCACCCACAGCAGCGGUCAGCAGUCGCCGAUUUCUCAGUCUCGCGAGUCCUGACAGUCCCGAGAAGCCGGAAGAGGACGACCUUUUCAGUUCGGAUCUCAGUGAUGAGCAACUGGUGCAGACAUUUGGAGCGGUCGGGUCGCGCGGCCUAUUGAAGCAGAAGCUCAUGGUGCUGUACUCGGGCCGCGACCAGUCGGUUCCGCCGUGGGUGGACAAGGAAGCCCUGCUGCGCCGCUGGCAGGCAGCGGUUGAUGCCGGCAAGCAGGAAUUCUGGAGUCCACAUAGUAUGAUCAUUCCUGGUGCCUCGCAUGCGCUGAGUGAUCCCGACCAGGCGGAGCCACGGCGAAUCUUGGUAGAGAGGGUGACUGGGUUUUUGAAUGACAUCCAGCAGAAAUAG